AAACACACACUUCGUCUUCCUCCUAAAAACAAAAAAACUCACACAUAACUUGCAGAGCAUCGUUAAUGGCGAAACCUCUCUGCUACAUAUUUUGACUUUUUCUCACCAAUUUUGUCUUUUAUCUGAAACUUUAGUCGCUCUCGGACAAUGAUGAAUCCGGUGGGUUUCAGAUUCCGUCCAAACGACGAGGAGAUCGUCGACCAUUACCUCCGGCCAAAAAAUCUCGAUAGUGACACUAGCCAUGUCGAUGAAGUCAUUAGCACAGUCGAUAUCUGUAGCUUCGAGCCUUGGGAUUUACCUUCCAAGUCGAUGAUCAAAUCGAGAGAUGGGGUUUGGUAUUUCUUUAGUGUUAAGGAGAUGAAGUAUAACAGAGGUGAUCAACAGAGAAGAAGAACAAACUCUGGGUUUUGGAAGAAAACUGGAAAAACAAUGACUGUCAUGCGCAAAAGAGGAAAUCGUGAGAAGAUCGGUGAGAAAAGGGUUUUGGUUUUUAAGAAUCGAGAUGGUUCAAAGACCGACUGGGUUAUGCACGAGUAUCACGCUACGUCCUUGUUUCCUAAUCAGAUGAUGACGUAUACAGUCUGCAAAGUUGAGUUUAAGGGUGAAGAGACAGAGAUCUCUUCUUCUUCUACUGGUAGUGAAAUUGAACAGAUUCACUCUUUAAUCCCUCUUGUGAACAGUUCUGGAGGAUCUGAGGGUUCGUCGUUUCACAGCCAAGAAUUACAGAAUUCAAGUCAGUCUGGUGUCUUUGCUAAUGUGCAGGGAGAAUCUCAAAUCGAUGAUGCAACUACACCGAUUGAGGAGGAAUGGAAAACAUGGUUGAAUAAUGAUGGUGAUGAGCAGAGGAAUAUCAUGUUUAUGCAAGAUCAUCGCAGCGAUUACACACCUCUAAAGUCGUUAACUGGUGUCUUCAGUGAUGAUAGCAGUGAUGAUAAUGAUUCUGAUUUGAUAUCUCCUAAAACAAAUUCUAUUGGAACUUCGAGCACUUGUGCUAGUUUUGCUAGCUCAAAUCAUCAGAUAGACCAAACUCAACAUUCUCCUGACUCAACAGUCCAGCUAGUGUCAUUAACUCAAGAGGUGAGCCAAGGUCCGGGUCAAGUGACUGUGAUUCGAGAGCAUAAAUUGGGUGAAGAGUCUGUCAAGAAGAAAAGAGCUAGUUUCGUUUACAGGAUGAUACACAGAUUAGUCAAGAAAAUUCACCAAUGUUAUUCUAUCUCAAGAACAUGAUAACAAUAGAUGAGACCAAGAACACCUUUUAGUACUUUUCCAAAUUUGUAGAAAUAUAAGUUAUGUCUAUCUUGUUUUGUAAACUUUGAUCAGAUUGUGUGACUUCAUGUAUGUACUCUCUCUAUAUAAAAAGGGUGGAUUUGUGAUACGAAGUUGUUAGAGAAGAUAAAGUUGUAUGAAUUCAAUUAAUACAACUACCAAAAUGUUAU